GGCUCCGCCAACGUGACUUCAGCUGGGAGCUGAAUCAUUUGAAGACACUCUUUUCUCCUCACUUUUGUGACUUUGUACGCGCUUGCACCUUUGCCGAACUGCGCCGAACCAAAUUAUGACUCUGUACGAAUUGGUGAACGUGCGUGGAUACAGCGAAUUCACCCAGGCUGUAGCAGACAGGCCGGGCAAGAAUAUUUUUGCUUACUUCUGUGGCGACAAAGAUGAGUACGGCAAGAGCUGGUGUCCAGACUGUGUCAAAGCUGAGCCCAUUUUAAAAGGAGCAAUGAGUGCCCUUCCCCAAGACUCGGUCUUCAUCUACUGUCAAGUUGGUGAAAGGAACUACUGGAAGGACCCAAGCAAUGAGUUCAAGACGACGCUGAAGCUGACUGGAGUGCCCACUCUCCUGCGAUAUGGCACCUCCGAGAAGCUGGUGGAGGAGCAAUGCCUCAAAGAGGAUCUGCUGAGGAUGAUGUUCACUGAAGCUGACGACUGAAACCGACACGUGCCUUCAACCACGAUGGAAUAAAUCCCGAAACCGAUGAAUGCACUUCCUCAUUUCACCCAAUGAACUAAAUUUCUUUCAAAUGCAAAAAUGAAACACUUAGUGAUGAUAUAAUGCUUUUUAUAUAAUAAUCAUGUGUGAUUAUAUUUUGUGGCAGUAUUUAUAAAGUCAUGCUUGUCACAUUUAUUUGCCACUUUACUUUAAAUUAAAAACAUUUAAGAAUAUCUCAAUAGUCAUUUAUUAAUAUGUGUGCACAGUAAUAAUUAUGAGAAAAGGAUGAAAGCUAAGCUACUGUAGAACACUUUUGUUUAUUCACUUAUGCAUCAGGACUAUUAAAAUGUAUCGGGAGAUU